UUAUGUGAAAUAAUUGCGAAGAGACACGGAUUUGAGUGUCCCGUACCCUACACAACGCAGUCGACUGACUUAGAACGAACUAUUUCGUCAAUCACAUCACAAGCAGACCAAGACACCAGCAUGGACCCGAACAUAUCUACUCGCGAUUUGAUUCCCCUCCAACAGCGUGUCACAGACCCGAACAAGUCCAAGAACAUGGACAAGCGCAUCCUCAGAAACCCGGAUUACGAUGAAGGUAUCUGCAACUUGAGCUUUGACAACAAUGAAUGCGGUGCGAAUCUUCAUCAAGCAAUUCAGGCCAAUCGGGAAAUGGCAAAGACUGCAAUUCCAGUGGUUACCGAAAGCUUCAACAAGGCACCACUCGGUUCUGGGUUACAAAACAGACGUGGUAAAAAACACAUGGACGUUCGCGCGCGACUUUCCUCUCUCUGGCAACCCAGACGGCGUCUGGGGAUACCCAUACCUUUUCUACGGGACAAAUUCAGACCAAAGUCGAGAUCCGACAAGAUCAGUAUCUCCACACCCGUGGAAGAGGACGAGCCGACCGACGAUCGGGGCGACGAUCGGGGCGACGAUCGUGAGACGUGGAGUAGAAAGGCGGACUUCAUCCUGUCCGUGGUUGGGUUUGUCGUCGAUCUAGGAAACGUCUGGAGGUUUCCCUACAUCUGUUACAAGAACGGCGGGGGUUCAUUCCUCAUACCGUACUUUCUUAUGAUGGUCUUCCUGGGGAUGCCUCUGUUCUACAUGGAAUUGGCUUUAGGGCAGUACCAGCGCGCUGGGGCGAUCAGUGUGUGGUUAAGGAUCUGCCCCAUGUUCUGUGGAAUCGGGUACGGAAUUUGCGUUGUCUCUACGCUGGUUGGCGCUUACUACAACACUAUUAUUUCUUGGGCCUUCUACUUUCUGAUAUCGUCAUUCCGGUCGGAAGUACCGUGGGGUCUAUGUAACCAGACAUGGAACACACCGGACUGUGUCACAGUGGACGGCACAGGAAAUGCCAGUAACUCAAGCCAGUCGUCUGCGGAAGAAUAUUUUGAACGUCAGGUGUUGGAACUACAAAAAUCUACUGGAAUAGACGACCUGGGAUCCGUGAAAUGGUCGCUCGCCCUGUGUCUGCUCCUAACAUUUCUAAUCAUCUACUUCAGUCUCUGGAAAGGAAUCAAGCAGUCUGGAAAGGUGGUGUGGGUGACGGCCACGGCCCCCUACGUGUUUCUCAUCAUCCUGCUGGUCCGCGGCUGCAUGCUGCCGGGAGCACUGGAGGGCAUUACGUAUUUUCUCAACCCGCAGUUUGAAACUCUCUUGACAGCGCAGAUUUGGAUAGAUGCCGCUGCACAGACGUUCUUCUCCCUGGGUCCAGGGUUUGGGGUUCUCUUGGCGCUGUCGAGCUACAACAAGUUCAACAACAACUGCUUCAGCGACGCCGUGUUGACGACAUCCAUCAACUGUGUGACGAGUCUACUGGCCGGCCUGGUGGUGUUCUCCAUGCUGGGCUACAUGGCGGACCUACAACACACAACAAUCGACCAGGUCGCAGUUGAUGGUCCUGGUCUGGUGUUUGUCGCGUAUCCAGAGGCCAUCGCCACAUUCGCUGGAUCCCAGUUCUGGGCUGUCCUCUUCUUCUUCAUGCUCAUCACGCUUGGUCUGGACAGCUCGUUCGGAGGGUUGGAAUCCGCUGUUACGGCUAUGUGUGACCAGUUUCCAAAUCUGAAAGCCAACCGACCGAUCGUGCUUGGAGUUCAGCUGGGGCUCUGCUUCUUAAUUGGGCUUUCAACUGUAACUUACGGAGGUUCUUAUGUCGUCUAUCUACUGGAUGUCCAUGCCGCACCCACUGCCGUCAUCUUCUUCUGUUUCGUUGAAGUAGUGGCUGUCAACUGGGUGUAUGGUUUUGACAAGUUCUCCUCGGAUAUCAAGGCCAUGCUGGGUUAUGCGCCUGGUGUCUUUAUACGCGUGUGCUGGGUCGUCAUCUGUCCACUGGCUCUCUUGGCGCUUCUUGUUGUGACUGUGUAUAAAUAUGAAAAGAUGACGAUGGGUCCCUACGUAUACCCCGACUGGUCCAACUGGCUCGGUUGGUGCGUCUCGUGUUCUUCAAUGCUUUGUGUUCCAGGAUUCAUGAUCUACUGGUUCAUCACAUCAAAGGGAAAUUUCAAGCAGAAACUGCUUCUAAUGGUCCAUCCAGUUGACUUACCCACACCAGCGCCAAAAGAAAUAGUAUUAACAGCACAGCAGUCGAACACAGACGAACAUUUUAAACAGGGAAGAACGAGCGAUUUUAGCGAACAUUUUGAAAAUGAAAAAACCUUUCAAAUGGAAGAAGUACGGAUAAAGAAAGAAAGACGUGAAAAGAAAGAAACGAAAGUUGAAGAAGAACACAACACCGGACAGGAGGAACCGGAGGCCAACAGUUCGAAAUCGAACAAUGAAGUUAUUUAAAUAUAAUUAUGGAUAAAGACACACAUGAGCAGCCAACAUAAUACUUUGAAAAAACAUAUAAAUUAUAUAUAUAUAUAUUAUAUAUUAUAUAUUUCUAUAAUUAUGCAUGUGUAUAAUAUAUAAUAUAAUGCGUAAAAUCAGACAGUCUGAAGAACUCCUACAGGCGCGGAUCCAGAAUUGUUUUAAUAGAGGGGCCCAAUACACGUUGUUUUUGUGUCUUCUGUAAUAUAUAUUGUUUGACCAAAAAUAGGGGGCCCGUAGGGCCCCCACCUGAAUCCGCGGCUGACCUAAAUACCAUAGCAAUAUAUAAUGUGCCUGAUUCACAUAGGUGCUUUGAUGGUAAUAUUAUUAUUAUUAUUUAUUAUUAUUAUUAUUAUUAUUAGUAUUAUUAUAUAAAUGUUUGUGAAAAUAUUGUAUAAUGGAGAAUUGUUAUAGAAAAUAAACAAUUAACAAAU